AUGGGAAAAACCUAUAUUCUUAAAAAUUUAGCUAUUCCUAAUGAUGUAAAUUUGCUAGUAUUAUCCACACAUUACUCUUACUCAAAUGCUAUUACUACAAGACUUAAUCUUAAGUUAUAUUAUGAUAUUGAUGGUAAUAUAAAUCUAUCUGAUCACAAGAGAAUAGCAAAGCGUAUUAUUGUUAUAGAUAAUAACAUAACUGAUUUAAAUAUCGAAUGGAUUAAGACCCUUUAUAAAGAUAAACUAUUCUCUAUUAUCCACAAUACUUAUCAAUCCCAAAAAGGUAAGACAUUCUGCUUAGCUUCUAAUAAAAAGACUGUAUUAAUAGAACUUUGGAAAUGGGUUAAGCAGAUAUCUUUAUUAUCUUUUAAGAAUCGAACCAGUAUAUCACUCAUCUGCUAUCUCAGAAAGAAUGUGCAAGGAAUUAUUCAUGCACUUAAGACUGAUUUUUCAGAAUUACGGAUCAAAGAAUAUUAUGACAAGUCUGAUCCAGUAGAAAAGGCUCAUGACUUCAGCAAUAUAAAAGAAUCAUUGAAAGACGUAGACCUAGUUGCCUAUACUAGUACUCUAAAGAUAGGAGUAUCUUUUACUAAUCCUAAACUUACCAACUAUUCAAUUGUGGGUGGCUUAUAUGUUAGAAAAUUUCAAUCUUAUCAUUUAUUUGGUUGGAGAAUGAUUGAUUUUCUUCGAAAAGCUGGUAUAUGUAUUUCGAUUGUAGAACCUAUUUCUAAACCUGAAGAUAAUAUGAUAUCAUUAUCUCAAACGGUGAAGACUGCUAAAUUUUUGAAAAAUAAGCCGAAGAAGACUUUAGAAGAGAUAUGCUCUUUAGAUCAGUAUCAUAUUGCAGAUUGUUAUGCAAUCCCACCUGAAUUAUUAACUGAAGAAUUUAUCUCAAAGUAUGGGAAUUUCAAUCAUAUGAAAUGGUUAAGAGCUUAUAGACAAUUGCGAGAUGCAG